AAACCUCUCUUAACAACACAGCUCUCAACCCAACUCUCGACACCAUGGCCAGCUGUUCCACCAGUGGGACCUGUGGCUCCAGCUGCUGCCAGCCAAGUUGCUGUGAGACUAGCUGCUGCCAGCCAAGCUGCUGCCAAACCAGCUCCUGCGGAACUGGCUGUGGCAUUGGUGGUGGCAUUGGCUAUGGCCAGGAGGGCAGCAGUGGAGCUGUGAGCACCCGUAUCAGGUGGUGCCGCCCAGAUUGCCGCAUGGAGGGCACCUGCCUGCCCCCCUGCUGCCUGGUAAGCUGCACACCCCCAUCCUGCUGCCAGCUGCACCAUGCCGAGGCCUCCUGCUGCCGCCCAUCCUACUGUGGACAGUCCUGCUGCCGCCCAGCCUGCUGCUGCCACUGCUGUGAGCCCACCUGCUAAAGCCAGGUUGCUGAUCACUUAAGAAUGAA